GGCUCCUCUCCCCUAAUCCUGCCUGGGGCUCGGUUCUGGCUGCUUCUGUCAGUGGGGAUCAAGUAGAGCGGGUGCUCCUGAAACCAGCCUGGAGGACAGGCCCAGACCAGAAAGGCCGGGGGCCCCCUGCCUGGCUCCCAAACUGGUCCCACUGGUGUGGAGCCUCUGAAGGCAGGCGGGCCGCGGCAAAACUGACUCCUCCACUUCCUCUCCUCUCCCCGCGCCGCCCGCCCUCCGCCCGCCCCCACCGCCUGGCGCCCGCCUGCCUGGAGGCUGUUUUUCCACUGGCUGGCACGCCAUCCAUCCUGCGGGGUUCAGCCCCUUUUCUGGAGUUAAACUUUUCGGAAGACCCCAACAGCCCCAGGCCCUGCCCGUCUCUCCUGGACAGAAGAAGCAAAGGGGGAGGGAGAGGGCAUGGGCUGGUCCUCACCCAGGGUCUCUGAUGUUUUUGCGCCACUUGGAGAGCCCUGCCCCUCGGAGGCCAAAGCUACCGGUGACUGCAGCGGAUCCCAGGAAGGGGCUGGCCAUUACAGGGGAUGAAAUGGCAAGACUGUGCCCUGCCUUCCGGUGACCACUAGCCUGCAAGCUCUCGUAGUCCCACCUGGAGCCAUCACCCAGAUCUCCUCCUGCCUCCACCCUUGCCGUCAGUCCUCCAGCUGACCCACCACCAUGGCAGCCCUGAUCGCAGAGAACUUCCGCUUCCUGUCACUCUUCUUCAAGAGCAAGGAUGUGAUGAUUUUCAACGGGCUGGUAGCACUAGGCACGGUGGGCAGCCAGGAGCUGUUCACUGUGGUGGCUUUCCACUGCCCUUGCUCACCAGCCCGGAACUACCUGUAUGGGCUGGCAGCCAUUGGGGUGCCCGCCCUGGCACUCUUCCUCAUUGGCGUCAUCCUCAACAACCACACCUGGAACCUGGUUGCUGAGUGCCAGUACCGGAGGACCAAGAACUGCUCGGCUGCCCCCAACUUCCUCCUCCUAAGCUCCAUUGUGGGCCGCGCGGCUGUGGCCCCUGUCACCUGGUCUGUCAUCUCCCUGCUGCGUGGUGAGGCCUACGUCUGCGCUCUCAGUGAGUUCGUGAACCCCUAUUCGCUCACGGUUGGAGAAAGGAGCUUCCCACUAGCCCAUGCCGCAGAAAUCCUGGCCAGGUUCCCGUGUGGGGAGGGCCCUGCCAACCUGUCAGUCUUCCGGGAGGAGGUCAGCCGCAGACUCAAGUACGAGUCCCAGCUCUUCGGGUGGCUGCUUAUCGGCGUGGUGGCCAUCCUGGUGUUCCUGACCAAAUGCCUCAAGCACUACUGCUCACCACUCAGCUACCGCCAGGAGGCCUACUGGGCGCAGUACCGCGCCAACGAGGACCAGCUGUUCCAGCGCACGGCCGAGGUGCACUCGCGGGUGCUGGCUGCCAACAACGUGCGCCGCUUCUUCGGCUUUGUGGCGCUCAACAAGGAUGACGAGGAGCUGGUCGCGAAGUUCCCGGUGGAAGGCACACAGCCGCGGCCACAGUGGAACGCCAUCACUGGCGUCUAUCUGUACCGUGAGAACCAGGGCCUCCCACUCUACAGCCGCCUGCACAAGUGGGCCCAGGGUGUGCUGGGCAACGGCGUGGCCCCGGACCAUGUAGAGAUGUCCCUGCUUGCCUCCUGAGGGUCCUGUUCCCACACUCUUGGCCAAUGACAGUAUUUGGUCCCAAACUGAACCCCACUGCCUGCUCACAUCAGCAUCAGAGGGGACUUCUCUUCUCUGGCUGCGCGUGGCUUGUGGGAUCUUAGUUCUCUGACCCAGAGAUGAACCCUCGCCCUCUGCAAUGAAGGUGCAGGGUGCCAACCACUGAAUUCUCCGGAGAUUUUUUUUUUUUAACCGUGGAUUUUGGGGGAAACAGGCCAGGAGAGAAACGAACACAAACUAAAACUGGGAUAUGGAUGUGAGAGCUGGUAGACAAGGUGGGCUCUGGCAGGAAGGCCCUCAGACCUGAAGAAGUCCCCUUUCCUGUUGCCACCAGCCACUUGGUCAACGGCUUUGGAGAAAAGACCCUUUCCCAGAACUGGUCCUUCAUGAACUAUGAUGUGGAGGAUGACCUCUGACUAGAGGGACCCAGUCCCACCAGUGUGGGAAGCCCUGACCAGCAGAGUCAGGUGACGAUGAAACUCACCAGCAGGCUCUGCAUGCAGAAGGCUAUGCAGUUCAUUUGUGGAACUGCACAUGGACAUCUGGCUCGGUGUGCACAGCUGGGAAGCAGCCCUCUGGCAUAUGCCUCCAGCUUUGUUUUAUACAUAUUUUUGAUAAAGCUUUUCUUAAUAUAAA